GUCAAAUUAAAAUUCUUUUUCAAGGCAGUUUUUGGGAAUUUGAUGAUUCGAGCAUUUUAAUAAAGUGAAAAAAAUGUGGCAAUCCGAAGAUGAUGGUAACGCUUAUGAAUGUGCCAUGCGAUAUAAGAAUAGAUCAGACGUGGUCAGUAUUUCUCGCCGUGACAGUCAAACUGGACCAUACCUGAAAAUGGCAUCUAUAAAUAAAUCCAAUACUGGGCGUGAUCUUCCACCACCUCGAAGUUUGCAGCCAUUGGAUCGAAAUACAUACAGCAGGACACAACCAACUCCUACCCCCAUCAACUCGUUAUUAUCAACUGAUACCAGUUCACACAAAUCUCUGAAAAAGUGGAUAUUUGCUCUUGCUGCAUUGACAAUCCUAUCCGUUAUCUUAAUUAUUGCAUCGUCAACACUUCAAAGCUUAUCAUACCAAAAGCUUACGGCGCCAACCAUGCAAAAUAAAAAGGCAUCUUCUUGUAAAGAACUGAUUGUACAAGGAAUCACAAAUAGUGGGGUCCAUUUUAUCAAGCCAGAGUCAGAUUUCAAAGAGAUUGAAGCAUAUUGUGAUAUGGAAACCGACGGAGGUGGUUGGACUCUGGUUGCCAGUAUUCAUGAGUCAGAUAUAACAAAGAAAUGUGAUGUCAAAGAUAGAUGGUCAAAUUAUAUACCUAAUGGAGAGAUCGACAUUUUUAGAUUUAACAUAGCUGAUCUAUCUACGGAAAAAUCAGUUUCACUUAACUGGGAAAACAAAAGAGUAUUCGGUGAAGUAAAAAACUGCACCUUUGAUGACUACAAAAAUUCUGCCUAUUUUGCACUAAAUGCAAAGGACGUCAUGAUUUGGCAUGUUUCUUCUGAAACGCCAAUUAACAAUAUAGAAAGUCGAGCACAUCUUCGUUACAGAACAGCAAACAAUUUUUUGCAACAAGCAGGCGGAAACUUAAAAUCGUUGUUUUCUGAAAGAUACCCUCUCAGAAAAAAAAAUGGAUAUAUUCGAGUUAUCUCGAUUCAAAGAUCAAAACUGGCCAUCAAAGCCUUGGAGCAGCAUUCUGAAACAAUGAGAAAAAUCUUUCCGUAUUGGUAUACUUAUAACUAUGCUCAUAGCGGAAGUAUAAACAACAAUAUAGACGAUUCUAGAAUGUACAAUGGAAACGGAAAUAAACUAUAUUUCAUGAACAACAGAAGACAACUUGGGCCUCUAGAAUAUGGUCGCAUGUACGAAUCAACCUAUUGGAAGUACAACGCAGUAGUAACAAGAAUGUCUCAACCAUUUAUUAUGAUAACUGCUAUACAUAAUGAUAAUGGAUACAGUGAUCGAUUUGAGACUCGUGUGAAUUCUAAUCGAUUUUUUGAAGACAUCAUCAAUGUUUAUGAAAGCAACGUGACUGAAGGGAAUUUCUUUUUGCAGUAUAAAGCUGUACAUUUUUACAACCGAGAUAACGUCACCAUUUGUGAAUUGCACUUCAUCAUAAGCAAUACUAAUGAGUGGCAUUCUGUAAAGCCUAGUACAUUUUCGCAUCAGAGAAGUGGAACAUACAAUUUUAUUCGAGUAUAUGGAGCUCCUACCAACGUUCUGAUGGGUUACGUGCUUUUGACGAGUACUCCAGGGAAUUACAUAACAAUGUCACAAAUUGAUGAAGUCGCAAAUAUAAUUCUACUCGCUGUUUCUGGUAUUCCAAACCUUUUCAAUGAAAAUACGGGUAUUGAUGGACUAAUAGUACCGGUCAUCUUCGAUAAAGGUAACACAAGCGAGAUAGUUCGAAUGAUUCCACCAAACUACAAAAUGUCGGUUGUGCCCGGAUAUUUGCAAUUUAGACCUUACAAUUCUUCAGGAUAUCCCAAUGCCAUGUGCCCUGGAUUCAAAAUAAAGUCAUACAGUCCACAAUAUGUUUGCAUUGGUGGAAUUUCUGAUUAUAUCGAAGAUUUUGGAACCUGUAGCGACUUCGCAGGUUGGGCGGGAAAAAAGAAUGACGUGAUCCAUCCGGAUAGUGCUAGUGGGAAUGCCCAUUCACAAAACGACAUCUCUUCUACGAUAUUGAUUUUUUAUCGUUGAGACAUAUAGUCACACAUAAAGAUUUCGUAAUGGAUAACAAGUCAAACGUUUUCAUCUUGAAAGUUCAUUUUUUUGCUAUCGAUAUCUUUAUUUUUUCGUAAUUCUGAGCCCUAGUAGAUCAUAUUUAAGCUUUUAUCAUUGUUUAUCAAAAACCAUAUAUAUGCAUAUAUAAAUGUAAUAUAUCGACAAUAAACAUUCAAUCUUUUUAUUACUAACUUCUGUCAGUUUGUGUAUAUAUUGUCAUAUUGCUUUGCUCAUCAAAUUGUUUAAUAACGUGUAUGAAAUUUUAGUAUGGUAAAACAGAUUGAUUUUGUUUUAAAAAUUAAAAGAGGUAAAUAUUAGCGAAAGUAUUAGCCCACGCUACUGACGAAUUUCACUUUGCUAGUAGAAUACUGAUAAAAUCAGUAUAAACAAUAAUAAUGGUAUAUCUAUACUACAACUUCUAUUUAGUUUCAGUGAAUUUUCCCAUGUAUUUUACAUUUUUCGUGUGCCUUUUCUUUGCUAUAUUUUCUGAUUUCUUUUGUCAGAGCGUCAACUUAUUUCUUUACAUACUGACGGAUUUAUAAAAACCAGAAAAUAAUUAUCUUCAUUAACUGGUUUGGUCAAAAUGAAAUUAUAAUUUAAUUGAUUGCUAACUUACUAAAAGCAUACUUACUCAAAAAUUCAUCCAAGUUUAUUUCAAAUUACAAGCCCUUCAUGAAGUUCUUUCUUUUAAGCUGUUUCCCCAUACACAGCCAACAUUUUUAUCGGACCAGCCAUCUACUGAUAUAUUUGUUACAAAAUUAAUUCAUAUGCAACUAUGACUACAUCGGUGAUAAAUUGUUCAUAAGUUUUAUAUUUACUCUCAUUAUUUCAUUUCACAUAAGUUUUACAUAAGCUAAGUUUUAUAUCUCACAUCUACUUCCAUUAGUUAUUUUCUUAUGUUUCAUUUUGAAUACCUUUAUCCUUUUAGUGAAGA